AUGGACUACGUUGGUCCACUACCAGCAUCGGGUAAAGGUCGAAGCACAUGUCUGCUAGUGGUGACAGACGUUUUUAGCAAGUUCGUGUUAGUUCAGCCUUUUCGGCAGGCAACCGCAGAAUCGUUGGUACAAUUCGUCGAGAACAUCAUUUUCCUGUUGUUCGGUGUACCAGAGGUGAUACUGUCGGACAACGGAACACAAUUUACAUCCGCAAUGUUCCAGAGCCUUCUGGCGCAGUACCAUGUGACCCACUGGAGAACUCCGAAUUAUCACCCGCAGGUUAACGAUACGGAACGUGUGAACCGCGUGAUCACGACAGCCAUCCGAGCUUCCAUCGGGAAGAACCAUAAAGAUUGGACAAACAACGCGCAGCAGAUAGCCAAUGCCAUUCGAAAUUCAGUGCACGAAACUACACAGUAUUCUCCAUACUUCGUCCUAUUCGGAAGGAAUAUGGUAUCUGAUGGUAGGGAAUAUCGGCACUUGAGAGAUACAACAGCCGGUACCGGGGUGAUAAAUGAUGAUGAACGAGAAAGAAUGUACGGAGAGAUUCGCAAGAACUUGGAAGCAGCGUACAGCAAACAUUCUUCCUAUUACAGUUUGCGCUCCAACGCCAAAAAGUCUUGA